GAUCGAGAAACUGCAUGCAGACAAGUUUUCGAUCUACCGAAGAUGUAAAUUGGAGGAGAUCGACUUACCGCUACUGGAAGGCUCGCUCGCCGACUUGUCACUAGACCAUACGGAGGUAUGUUUCUCACAUUUCUCUGUUGUCGCCAACUUUCCACUGAUUUGUUGCUUGGGUCUUAUAGGGAGCGGAGAGAGACGAGGAUGACAUGGAAACAGACCAGGACAUGGGUACUCAAAACUCGCGGGCCCGGGUCGAAGGAAUCAAAGUGGAUUUCUCCAGUCUGAAAGCGGCAUACAAAGAGGAUGGCUCUGACGAGAUGGACACCGAUUUCCAAGACCUAAUACGGAACCUGACCAACGAAAUCGAGAAACUAGCUCCCAACAUGCGCGCGAUCGAUAAACUUGACGAGGUUGAGGGGAAAUUGAAAGAUACGGCGAUUGAGUUCGACAAUGCGCGGAAGGAAGCUAAGGCUGCUAAGGAUGCGUUUGUCAAGAUCAAGCAGGAGAGGUAUGAGCUGGCGUUUGUGAAUGGUUCUUUGGUGAUGAGUUAACCAGGUGGAGCCGACACUAUUGGGAUUACUCGUAGAUAUGACAGGUUCAAUGCGGCGUAUACCCACAUUGCGGAGCAGAUUGACCCAAUAUAUAAAGAGCUUACGCGAUCGAAAACCUUCCCACUGGGUGGAACGG